AGCCAAACCAGCAAAAACAAGAUGAUUAGGAUAACUGCCUAAGAUAAUUUCAUAUGCUGAAGUAGGGCAGCUUUGACUCAUUUUGUGAGGCAAGGGAGGAGUGGAGUGUUUGUAGAGAGUCUUUCAUUAAUGAAUGAGCGUGUCAUUCUGCUGCUGAAUUCCAUCAUGCUCACGUUUCUAUGGAAACACCUUCAGAACAGCUUUGAGCUGGAAAAAUAACCAGUGGGAAAUAUGUGACCGAUUUCCCCUUAUUUGGUCAGUAAUAUGCUCACAUAGCCUGCAGCCAGUGACCAUACAGAGAUAUCACAGCCACUAUUCAUCCCAUUGAGCAUUACAUCCAUUUACCUUGUCUCCUUCUCACGAUUACUGUAAAGGAAGAGACACCACGGGAAUGGAUGACUUUUCAUUUGCACAUGUUUCUGAGCCGGAGGUGAUUGAGUGUGGUAUUGGCUUAUGAGUGAGGCUUUUACAGUAGGCUUGUUGUGAAGAGGAUGAAGGAUUAAGGCUGAACGUGUGGACACCACCAAGGACCCAUGUCAGAAGGUGAAAUGCAACUGGAACAAAGUGUGUGUGUCCCAGAACUACCAGAGACCCAUGUGCAUCAACCGCAAGAAACUGGAGCACAGGAUCAGGCAGCCUGACACGAAGCCUCACGUAAGCAGCUGUAAACCAUGUCCCCUGUCAGCCUCAAACCCUGUGUGCGGAUCUGAUGGACAUAACUAUGCUUCACAGUGUAAGCUGGAGCAGCAGGCAUGUUUGAGUGGUAAAACGCUAGCUGUUAAGUGUGCAGGACCCUGUCCAUGUGUUAGUGAGCCUGUUCCAAAACCUGAGACAGAAACACCUUCUGUUUCCAAACCAGAGAGCUGCACGGGACAGGACUUGGCAGAUUUGGGGGACAGGCUCAGGGAUUGGUUCCAGCUUCUCCAUGGCAAUGCUAAAAUGAACAGCUCUGGCAGACAGGGAUCAGGAACAGCUUCAGUGUUUGAGAAGAACUUGGUGGCAGGCUGCAAAGAUUCGAUUGGCUGGAUGUUCUCCAAGCUGGACACCAGCAAUGACCUCUACCUGGACCACUCUGAGCUGGCUGCUAUAAACCUAGAGAAGUAUGAGGUGUGUAUCAGACCGUUCUUCAACUCCUGCGACUCGUACCGUGAUGGCAAGGUGUCCACGGCCGAAUGGUGUCUCUGCUUCUGGAGGGAGAAGCCCCCCUGUCUGGCUGAGAUUGAGAGACUCCAAGUGAAGGAGGUAGCCAAGAGGAAACCAGGUAUGUUCAUCCCGAGCUGUGAUGAGGAUGGCUAUUACAGGAAGCUACAGUGUGACCAGAGCAGAGCAGAAUGCUGGUGUGUUGACCUACAUGGCACUGAGGUCACUGGGUCACGGGUUCAUGGCAAGCCUGACUGUGAUGAGUUAGUGGGCUACUCUGGAGACUUUGGCAGUGGAGUGGGAUGGGAGGAUGAAGAAGAGAAAGAGACAGAGGAGAAUGCAGAAGAGGCUGAAGAAGAAGAAGAGCCUGAACCAGAAGAGACUGAUGAUGGAGGAUACAUCUGGUAGACAAAGUUCACCAUUAUCAAUGCACCUGUGCUCCUCAAAGCCCAUUUGUUAUCAGUCUUAAUUCAUUUAAAUAGCAUAUUGCUUGAAGGAAGCUGUUGGAAAGGCUUAAUGGGCAGUUUUUACACAUAUUUAUUAUCGAUUUCGGUUUUAUUCUUUAAAUUCUCAUGCUGUUGCUUUCUCAAAAUAUACAAAUCUGAUCAGGUAUUUAAAAAAAUAUUUGAAAUUAAAUUGAAAUAAUCACAUUUAAGCAUUAAAUCAUGUUGCCUGUCUGAGCUUAUAGCCACAUAAUGUGCUGAGUAUAAUGUGUCAAUCAUUAAUCAAAUCUCAAAUAGUGAUGUGAAUGGAAUUCUACACUGCUUUUAGAAAGUCAGACUAGGGAACCUGCUUGCUUAUAACUGAGAAACUUAUCAAACUGGUCUGUAGAGCACUACAUUAAACUCUGACUGAGAGGAAUUUAAAGAAACAUGGAUGGGUUUUUAUUCCGAUCACAGGAUGCCUCACAUGUGCUUGUAUAAUAUCUACACAGGAAGUGGCAUUGCUGUGCUGAGGAACAACCAAAGGGAAUCACCAGUAACUUUUAAUUAAUGUAAUUAAUUUAUUUAUUUCAUUACCUCUCCAUAUUAGACAGGCAUGAACACAAGGUUGUCUCAGUACAUUUUCCUAUUCAUAAUGAUCUAUAAUAGAUUUCUGUCCACAACAUCACAAUACAUAAUACAAACAAAUAAACUCAGAAAAAAAAGAAACGUCCUCUCACAUUCAACUGCUUUUAUUUCCAGCAAGUUGCUUAACAUGUGUAAAUAUUUGUAUUAACAUAAAAACAUUCAACUGAGACAUAAACUGAACAAGUUUCACAGACAUUUGAUGAACAGAAAUGGAAUAAUGAGUCCCUGAACAAAAGGGGGUCAAUAUUAAAAGUAACAGUCAGUAUCUGGUGGUCACCAGCUGUUUUAAGUACUACAGUGCAUCUCAUCCUCAUGGACUGCACCAGAUUUGUCAGUUCUUGCUGUGAGAUGUUACCCCACACUUCCACCAAGGCAUUUGCAAAUUCUCCAUCACAUCUGGGGGGGACAUGGUUACAUGUAAUUUUCCACUGCAAGGACGAUCAGCUGUCCUUCCUCUCUACCUGUAGCACUGUCUUAGGCGUCUUACGUUACAGACAUUGCAGGUUAGUGCUCUGGACACAUCUGCAGUCCUCAUGUCUCCCUGCAGCAGGCCUAUGGCAUGUUCAUGCAGGUGAGAAGGAACCCUAGACAUUUUACUUCUGGUGUUUUUCAGAGUCAGUAGAAAGGUCUCUUUAGUGUCCUAAGUUAUUGUAACUGUAACCAUAAUCACCUACCGCCUGUAAACUGUUAGUGUCUUAAGGACUGUUCCACAGGUGCAUGUGCAAUAAUUGUUUAUGGUUCAUUGAACAAGCAUGAAAAACAUUGUUUAAACCUUUUCCAAUAAAAAUCCAUAAAGCUCAUUUGGAUUUGACAAAAUUAUCUUUAAAAUAAAAAGGGACUUUUUUUUUUGUUGUUGUUCCUGAGUUUAUAUUUAGGACCAGGAGUUGAAUGUUUAAAACUUUCCGACUACUACAUUUAAAUUUCUGAAGGAUAAGAAUGAGCAUAAUGACCCAACAAUUAUUAAUUUUCUUAAUAUUUACACACAGUCACAUCUUCUGAUGAUAAAGAUAUCGUAUGUGUUCAUUUUCUUGAAUGUCUUUUUCUUCGUUUUCUUUAUACUGUACUUGAAAAUUUGUAAACUCAAAGAUGUGUGAUUUUCUCAUGCCUUUCGCAAGAUAAAUGAGGUCGCUUGAUAGUUUUUACAGAAAUUGCAUGUUCGUUAAGAGGAAUGUACAGUUACUGUAUGAAUGUUGAAUAUUAUGGAUCUCUGAUAUGACAUCCUUUUGUUCUUCAUCUCAUUGUGAGUAAUUGUGAUAGACAGAGACAUCACUGCAGUCCAACCAAGAUGUCAGAACGGUCUAGUUUAAAGAAAAAAUGUUAUUGUGAACAAUAUAUUAAGUUGUGUUUAGAUUGUUAUACUUGUCUUUUAUUAUAUGGAAAUAUAAGUACUGUAUAUUGUGACAUUUUGAAGGAAACAUUCUUUUGACAGAACAAUCUAGUGUAAGAGUUUAAAUGUUAAGCAGGAAUGUUAAGCAGGAUUGCUGUGUGCAUCAUAUAAACAUAAUGAAGGGACUGCAUAUUACUAUUAGCCUGAGAGAUUUGCUAGAGGAAUGGUUAGAAGUGAUGAACACAUCACACACAGCGUACCAGCACUGUAUCGGCUUUGUAAUGACACAUAUUCUGUUGUGAAUGUCAGAUUCAAAUGAUGCUGCUGCCUUCUUUCAUGAAUCUUAAGACAAGCAGAAAAGUGGAUCUUAGUGUACAACCAUAGCUAUCUGCUGCAAUUUAUUGUAAUUAUGCUUGCGUCAUCACUGUUUACGUAUGUAUAGUCAGUCAUGCGGUGUGCUAUACAGAGGUGCUGGAAUUGGUCGAAUCAAUGCGCUUUUAUGUAAUGUGAGACAAUGUCAGAGAAAUGCCGAGAUUGUGAUUAGUUGAUGCUUCAUACACGCUGGGUUAAAGCUUACAGAGAGAUGCUACACUUAUUUAAUUUUGCAUUCAAAUCAGUAGUGUUUAUCAGGGAAAAAUAUAACUGAUUUAGUCUUAAUUGAAGCCGUUGUCUCAACAGAUUAAAGUCUAAAUGGAAUCAUGAAACAAUACAAAAUGUUAAAAAUUGCAAUCUUACAGAUUGGGGACAGAAAUACAGAAAAACAUCCACUCCUUCUCUCGCUUCACAUUAACACUGAGCUGCUACUGUGUACUCAUUGCUGCUUAGCUCAGCUCGUGACAUGUUUUCUCACUGUGUUUGAUAUUUGAUAAUAAACCAGCACUGGAAUCAUUUUACUGUUUAGGUUUCUUAUUAGGUUGUCUCUGUGUACUUGUUGACUUUUCAGCUAUCAUGUAACCAUAUCAAAAUAUUAAAACACAUAAAGCUAACCCUGAGUGAUCUGCAUAACAGGAUCACAUCCAUAUUGUUUAGAUGCUAGCACUUUGUUAUACUCAAGGUGAGAAACAUUCCUGGUCUUCAGCUGCUCCCUGUGGUGGAAAACGAAACUGCGUCCAUAUUGAAAGCAUUACUGUACGUCUGAGAAACAAAUCAAAUCCAAUCAAAGCUCUGGGGUCCAACCACAAAUUCAAUUUGUUGUCUACAUGUGCUGAUAAAUGACAAAGAAUAAGUGUAAAGAAUCAUGUUAGUGGUUUAAGAUUAGAUUUUCCUGCAGGUUAAAAGAGAUUAUGUGAUGUACUUUGUACUGCGUCACAAUAAGCUGAUGAAAUGUGGUCUUUCUGGUUCUUCCUGAACUCAAGGACUCACUAGUUUUUUCUCUUGGGUAUUUGAGCUGUGAAAAUGACCAAAUUGCUUUGUUCUAACAACAUGCAAGUAGCAUGGAGAGUAUGUUGGGUGUGAAUAGUGGUGAGACAAAAAGAGUUUGACGCUGGGGGACAACAGGAAAAGAAGCUGUUGGUGUUGCUCGAUAAUACUGCCAUUUUAAUAGCGUUAUGUAGACUGGUGUUUGGUUUGGCAGUUAGAAAUAUUCCAGUAGUUUCAGACUGUGAUGGAUUUUUUUUUUUGCCAAUAGCCUUUCAAAUGAAAUGAGUUUUUUUUCUUAACACCACACGGUGGAUCCACAAGACUGGAGUUGAAAACCCAUUCUUUAGCGUGAUACCUGGUUUCAGAUGCACUAUCAAAGGUAUUGAAUUCUACCAUUAGCACCACAUUAUAGUACUAGAUUAAACUGGAUAUUCAGCUGUUGGUCAGAGUCUGAGGUUGCAUUUCGUGCCUUUGUUCCAGGAUGAAAACUACAGACCACCACAAUGAAACAUUUGGACAGUUUGGUCUGCAAAAUCACCACACUUCAAUCCCAGAGAAAAUUUAAUGGGACAGCAGGUGAAAUACCAACAUAGGCUUCAUGAAUUCAUCCAGUCAAUGAAAGAGUGGGCAAAAAUAGGCAGGAACUACUUCAAGGAUCCUUACCCAUCAGGACUGGCACUGUUAUUAAGGGAAAAGUCCACCUGAAACACAUUAAAUAUGUUUAUAUUGAAAUAUUUAGCGAUUCUGGUGCUAAUUUGUUGAUCGGUGCUGUAUUUUCAAUGUUCGUGUAAGACAUUAGCAGCUGUGUUCUGCUCUGAUAUCUCAAUGGGACAUUGCUAGAGUACUUACAAUGGUGUUUAAUAGAGGAAAAAAUACUUCAGACAAAUGGGACAUAAUAUUCAUGAGAAAUCCAAUGUAAAAAUAGUGGAGACAACAAAUGUUAGACCUAAAGUUUCAGAACACACCACAGCAAUACGACACAACUGCACCAAGUUCUGGAGACUCAGCUCGGCAGGUUAGCGAUCUAGAAGAUGACGAGCAUGAUGGUGUUGAUG